AUGAAAGCCUCAUUUCAAUUCGUAUUAAUCACGCGAACAGACCUAGAAGCAGGUCAGAACCGACUAGCAGCGAUCGUGAACAACACAAGCAGGCAAGACUUUAGUGAGAAAGUUUGUGAUUACAGAAGACUUUACAUGGAUGGCGUCUCCAAAUGAUCGAACAACAUCGGUUCAGCUAGAAAUAGCUAACGUAAGUAAUCUUCACAUCAAUUUCUACCGCUUACAUUGACAUUUUGCUUCGUCGCUUUUCGAUCCUCUGAAACAUCCUGAUAGUCACAUUUUCUGAGAAUCGGCGAACUCUUUUUUUAAACCAGCAACCAGCUAAAGUAUUAUUGACAACCUAGUUGUCACAAUAAUAUUCGGAGCGAAGCCCCAACCCGGUCUAAUUGAGGCAAGCGUUGGCGGUAUAUUGUUAAGCCCAGAUCCUACCAAACGUUGCAUUUGUUUCUUGAUAUGAACUGCUUUUAUUGACAUGAUUUUCCACGGUUCUAGUAGCCGGAAAACUCAAAUAUUAAGCCUACAACGGUUCCAAUAAUUUUGUAGACUACAUCUGGUGGUAAAUAACAGCCACUAGAAAAAAGUUUGCGCUGUUACGAUUAUUUUUCGUCUGUUCUCUGCCAUGGAAGACAUGGAAUAUGAGUCGGAUCUUACGCGGAUAACGCCUCCGAGGCGAUUGCUUUUCAUCAAGACAUCAUCAAUCGGGAAAGCAUAAAAUGUUAACUGAGAAUUGCUUCAAUCGGUAUCUUUUCAUGGUGGUCGCCCCUGGGUACCUCAGGGGCCCGUCUGGUCUCUUACAAGAGUUGUCGAGGCCUCAGCAAAGACUUUUUUGACUUUUUGUUAUUUCUAUUUAGAUUCAUGACUACCUGAAAGGAAUCGUGGACCUCACUCAGUACCAUCAACGUAAAGCAUUAUGCCAGACGCUUAACACUAAUAAAGAGUGUCAAGCAAUACACACUCAGUUCAGUAGAAUAUUUUCACGGACGAUGACGGCAAGCGAAGCGUUAACCAUUGGUCACAACUCAGAACACGGUACGGUGUAAAAUUUGAUUUUCGUAACUACUGAUUCCUUCAAAGAAACAAAUAAUGUUUCAGUCUGUUAUUCUUUCACUCCACGAACUUUUUUUAAAACUUUUAAGCUAAGAUAUGUUUUCUAUAUGUUUUCUAUUUUAUGCUUAAAAAAGAUAAUAGCUUGGAGUUUAGAGUCAGCAGUAAAAGUUUGAAAAAACCCUGUACUUAAAUUUUUAGGGUGUAAACAUUGAAUCCAUUGGAUCUGUGCUAAAGAUAUUUUUAGGUGAUGAGUCAUGACUAAAAAUACUUCAUGAUACGUGACGUCCUCGGCAUCAAUUAAACCUAUUCGGUAUUUCGCAAUGCUCCAAAAACUAAUUAUGAAUGUUAAUCUUUCAGUGAAAGGUUUAAAAAUUAAUCUUGCAACAUUUCAACCUUACAAAAGUGAUCUAUUUACGCUUAUCGUCUGUUAAGUUUUAGUUAUGGAGGGAGCGAAAUUCAGGGCAAAACGAAAACACUAAAUGAAAUUAUUUUAGGUUAUCAAGGUUGUGGAAAAUGAAAGAGGGGAAUUUUUUAAUGCCAAAACAUCCUUUUUCGGGAAAAAAAUUCAUCAGGCGGAAAUACCCUUGUGUUGUAUAGAAAUAGAUAUAAUAGAAGUGUGCAAUAAUUUUUAACCCAAAGAAAGAAAACCAACUGAAUUUGUAUAGCUGAAUAACGAAAUAAUUUCGAGCAUAUUUUCAUUUUCUACAGACGUCUCAAGUCGUGUUAAGGUUACAUCUCAGUUGACUUGGCAAAGACGGACGACAUCGCCGGCGGAAUCAAUGUCAUCAAUUGAUUCGGCUUACAUGUCUUCGCCGCCAUCUCCAGGACUGGACAAUGGCUUCAUUGACAACGUCUAUGAUGACCUCAAUGGUAAGAAAACCACUCUUCUAAACAUUUUAAAUAGCUUAAUAAAGUACGGCUUUCAUUUGAAUGGUAACACUUUAGGAUUUCAUCCACAGACUCAAUAGUUAGAAUCACCUUGCACAGCUUAAUAAACAGUACCGCAGGAAAGUACGGCUCAGUAACUUUCAUUUGAAUGGUUAACACUUUAGGAUUUCAUCCACAGACUCAAUAGUUAGAAUCACCUUGCACAGCUUAAUAAACAGUACUACAGGAAAGUGCUGCUCAGUACUGAAGCUUAUUAUUUGAAUUGGUUCAACAAAUUUUAUAUAAGUCUCGCAUUUCAAGUCUCAGAUCUACAAAAACCAAGUCAUAACUAACAGGGACCGAAAGAACUUAGAUAAUCGUCAUUCCUUCGUGUAGUGACCUACGUACGUGAAGACAACAAUGGAAAAUAUGAUUCUAAACAUGUCGUCUUUUUCUUCAGAAGGCUUUGAAAGCAUGAGCAGUGCUUCAGGAUCUCCAAGUUCCUCCGUGGACUAUAAUCAAGAGUUCUCCACCGGAGAAGUUCGGCUUGGAAGCAAGAAAAAAAGCACUAAAAGAGGUGAGUUCUUCAGAAAAUUUGCCAUUAAACCGAGAUAGAGUGCUUUUCGCGAAAAAUUUAUUAUUUUUUUUCCAGAAUGAAAAUAUUUCCCCCUUAAUUACAUGUGUUAAGUUUUGCUUUUGAAGAGACGUUUGUCCGAAGCUUUAGCUGAGACUCGUUUUAAACCGUUUGAAACGCUCAUGGUUGUUUGUUUGUUUGUUUUUUUUCCAGCAGCAACAAGUACAGUGGAUGAAUCUAGUCCCAAGCCAAAGAAGAAACGAAACCGAGGUCCCAAGCCCAGAAUUAUGUAUGAAGGUACGUUACAAAAUUAAUUUCAAGAAAUGCGACUUCAUACAUUGAUUAAAUUGGCAAAUAAGUUAUUAGGAAGCAGACAAAAAUUUGCUCUCUUUUCCGCAAAAUGUUUGACUUCUCAUUAUAACUCUAGUAACGUCCGCCUGAAGUGCCUUAUUAUUCAGACUCAAGAAAAAUAUCCAAAUUUCGUUUCGCUGAAAACUGAAAGCAAAUAAAAGUUUGCAAAACGUCAUGCAGUUGGGUCAAACUAAGAUGUUUCAGUUGAAUUGUCACACCAUCACCAUAGGAUUUCAAUCUCAGACUUAAAAAUUUGAAUCUACAGAGAGCAUCUCAUAAAUAAUUAUUUUGAAGUGAUAAGCUUAUAUAUCUUUUAUUUUUUUAUAUUUUCUUAGGCAAUGGUCCAAUGCAGCUAUGGCAGCUGAUUCUUAAGCUUCUCGUAUCACCUCCCAGUUCUGAGCUCGAAUCAGGCCUUGUUGAAUGGACUGGAGAGCAGAAAUAUGGCUUCAGGAUUCUCCAGCCAAAAAAGCUGGCAGAGUUAUGGGGAAAAGUGAAAAAGAAGCCAGCCAUGAACUUUGAGAAACUCGCUCGUGGCUUGCGAUAUUAUUACGGCAAGUCGAUGUUGGAGAAGGUUCCUGGUCGAGAAAAUACCUACCAGUUUGUCUGGGACAUUUCUGAAAUCCUCGGUUAUGAUCCCUCUGAUGGAAUCCCCGCAGUUGCUCCCUCGAAAAGUGGGCUACCUGUUUUUGGCCAGAGCAGUGGUGUGACUGUUCCACACCCUGUUCCUGAGACAACAACUGUUGCCGACGUUCUUUUACCUGAUUCUUUACUAGACAAUAACUUCUCUGUUAGCACGAGUGAUGCAGUUCCUGAUUUAAGUAUAAAGAAUGGCGUCCCAGUUGGCCCAGAGUGUUUCUUUCAACCAGUGUGUCCGAUGCCUCCCUCUAUUCCGACCUAUGGCACUCCUCUUCCUACUUCAUGGUGUGGUGGGCUUCCUGUUCUCGAGUCAUCAUUAUUCGAGGAUCCACUGUGUGGUGUUCCUGUUCCUGACCCAGUCUUCGUUCCUGUAAUCAAUCAAGCGAUUGGUUUUCCAGUCGAUUUCCCACCCCCUCAAGUUGUCCCCAGUGCCCCAUCAGAUUUCCCGUGGUUCCCUGAAACUGAUGUCAAGAGUAGCUUCUAUGAAGCAUUAUAAGUUAACUUGUAUCAAGUAACCAAACAUUUUCCCGGAUGCUGAGAGCGGUUUUUCAAUGGCUUUCCAAAUUUGUAAAUCAGACUGUGAUUAGUCGAAAUCACUGAACACUUUCCUUAAUAAGAAUGUUAUCUACAAAAUGCGUUUUCAAUCAUUAUAAUUAUAAAAAAAUUGCAUACCUGAAUUUUAAAUUGCUUUGUGACAAUAACUUCUCAUUACAAAUUUUAACAAAUCUAGUCACAAAAUCUUAAAACAGCUCAAGUAUAGUGGAACUCAUUGAAAAGCUGCUCUCGAGCAAGAAAUACAUGUAUCAUGUAUUCUUAACAGUUUUCCGGCGUGUCAAAAAAAGAAAAAAAAGACGUUCUUUCUGUACCUUUUUUCUGUGAAAAAAAGUACGGUGGUUUAAAAAGUGUAUACUAUGUAUACGUUUACAAUAUUUUAUUGCUCCCUAUGGGAGCAACGUUUUUUAGGAAAGAGAUUUUAAUCUUGAAGCAAAAGAGUUAAACAAAAUUUAGUCUUAAACCACGUGUCGAUAAAAAUCGUAGCUCAGUUUGUUUUCCAAAAACAACACAAGUAAAUUAUGUGACUUACAAAAUGUAAAUAGUUAAGUCGAGCCACACUUGCUACAGUGAGUAAGCAAGAACAAGUUGUACAAAAAAAACUGGAAACUGUUGUAAAAAAUUAAGAAACAAUGUAGAGAAGUGUAAGUAUUAUUACCAUAUUGUGCAUGUAUAUAGGUCGUACAUAAGAAAGAGCAAAAUGCUCACUACAGGGUGCAAAAAAUCACAAGAUAUUAUUAUUAACUCUUCGAUAACGUGUUGUCGAGGCAAGGAAGCAAUUUUUCACAAAGCAGUAACUAUCAAUAAAUAAGGAAACUUUGGAAAUGUUGGUGCUUUAGUUUUGACCUUUGUUCAUAUUUUAGGCAAUGUAAUAAUCAUUGUUUAAAUCAGUAUAUGAUUAGUCGAAUUCUUAGCUUUUUUACAGCUUGUAUGUAGAUUGCUUGUAUAUACUAUUUACAGUUGAUUUUUAGAUAAGUAAUUAUUGCAGGAAAAGCAGAAAAAAUAUGCAAUCGGAUUUUAGUUAUGUUAAAAAGUAUCCCGAUAAAAAAUAUAAUUGAAUAUUUUUACAACGUUUGAUUUGUAUCGAAUUAGUUUGGAUGUAAUAGUUUGUUUUUAUCUGUUAAGCUUUUACA